CCGUAUGUAUAUGCUCGGCGGAUUCGACCAAUAGCAGGAGAGAGUGCGGUUUUAAAUGUUCUGCUUGUUUCUCAGCUGUUUCAUCUGUGACACACAUAAAGCUGUGUGAAGUGAAUAGCGGCAGACGAUUAAUAGCGAGCAGGGAGUGUGUUUUAUUUCCGAGCGGAAUUUAUUCUAGUCUGGUCAUUUUUCGGAGAGUGCGUUCGUUGAUCGGGGUUUUGUUUUUAUUUCGUUUUCUCGGUGCUUCAUUAGUAAUUCCAAAAUGGAAGCUAUUAAGAAAAAAAUGCAAGCUAUGAAGUUGGAAAAGGAAAACGCCGUGGAUAGAGCGGAAACGGCUGAACAAGCUGCCAGGGAAGCUAAUAUUCGAGCUGAAAAGGCAGAAGAAGAAAUUCGAGCUCUGCAAAAGAUGAUCAAAAAUGUAGAAAAUGACUUAGACAGAGUUCAAGAAGACUUUCUACAGAGUAACACAAGACUAGAAGAAAAGGAUAAAAUCGUUCAAAAUGCUGAAAGCGAAGUAGCUGCACUAAAUAGGCGAAUUCAAUUGCUGGAAGAAGACUUAGAACGCUCAGAAGAAAGAUUGAAAAUUGCUACUCAGAAAUUAGAAGAAGCAUCUCAAGCUGCAGAUGAAAGUGAACGUAUUCGCAAAGCUUUGGAAAAUCGCACAAAUAUGGAAGACGACAGAAUAUCUCUCCUUGAAACUCAGUUAGGGCAGGCAAGAUUGAUUGCUGAAGAAUCUGAUAAAAAAUAUGAAGAGAUGGCACGUAGAAUUGCAAUGCUGGAAGCAGAUUUAGAAAGAGCCGAAGAACGUGCUUCUAUGGGUGAAAGUAAAAUUGUAGAAUUAGAAGAAGAGUUAAGUGUUGUUAGCAAUAACGUGAAAUCACUUGAAGUAUGUGAAGAAAAAGCUCUGCAAAAGGAAGAGGCUUAUGAUAUUACUGUUCGCCAAUUAUCUCAAAGGCUUCAAGAGGCUGAAGCUCGGGCAGAAUUUGCGGAACGAUCAGUACAGAAGCUUCAAAAAGAAGUUGAUAGAUUGGAAGAUGAAAUAUUAGCUGAACGAGAGAAGAAUCACCUGUUACAAGAGGAAGUGGAAAGCACGCUAAAGGAUAUCCAAUCUAUGUGAGAUCCAUUUUGCCUGGCCAACUCUAUUUCAUUUUGCAAGAUGAGACCUGAUCAUGAGCGAAACUUAUGAGCUGCCACAAGUGACAGAUUUUGCAGAUCUUACAUGAUGUUAUAUUGCCAAGAAAUGUUUUGCCUUUUUCUGUUUAAAAAAAAUCAUGUUCUUUCCUUUAGUAAUUGAAACUGAUCCUGCUUAGUUUUGUGAUAUUUUCUAUGUUUUUUAACUACUUUCAAACCUUAUUAAUCCUUUUGUAAUUUGACAUUUUUUGUGUACUAUUGUUAUGAAUGUUGCAUCUUUUGUAAGAAAAAGAAAAUGCUUUUUUUAAACUCCGAACGAAUUAUGUUUGAAAAUGUCUCCCUUUUUGCUAAGACAGUUUUAUGGACUUGGAACUUAUGUACAUUUGUUGGUGAUGGAAUUUCGUGCGUGUUGGGAUGAAUUUUUCUGGUCUUUACAUUAACUUUGAUGUUUUUUAUUAUGUUGUUCAAGCAUUAGAGAAUUAAUCAUCAGAAGAAUGAAUGAAGCAUUUGAAACCAAUCAAUCAUCUUAUUGCACAUUUUUAAAACUAUGUUCUAACUUUACACCAGCCUAAGAGGUUGAUUUAAUUGCGAUGCCAGUCUUGCUUGAAUGAAGGUUGUGCAGUGUCUAUGGCUACAAACAUGCUACUUCAAUGAUGAUGCUAAGAUGCAUAUUGUAUUCAAUUGGCUGCCAAUAAAACCUAUGUAGAUUCUUUUGCUUA